AUAAUAUUGUUUAAGCUUUUAAACAUAACAGUUUACACAAGAAAAUUUUCACAUAGCACAAAAAGAGAAAUGAAGACUACUUUGGUCUGUUUACUGGUUGCUGGCGUUUGUUUGGGUCUGGCAGCAGCCUCCGAUAAAAUGUACACCAACAAAUAUGAUAAUGUAGAUGUGGAAAAUGUUUUGAGCAACAAUCGCAUUUUGACCAAUUACAUAAAGUGUCUGAUGGAGAAGGGAUCUUGUACACCCGAAGGUCGUGAAUUAAAGAAACUCUUACCCGAUGCCUUGCAAAGUGAUUGCAGCAAAUGCAGUGAUGUGCAAAGGAGAAAUUCCCAAAAAGUCAUCAACUUCUUGAGGGCCAAUCGUCCCGGUGAAUGGAAGCUAUUGUUGAACAAAUAUGAUCCCAAUGGUUCAUAUAGGGCCAAGCAUAACCUUUAAAUAAGCCACAAUUCGAAUGAUAUCACAUUUACCAUCCAUUCCCAUAUUUUUCGUUUGCACAUCGAACAGUGACCAUUGCAUUGUCAUUGCUUUGUUUACAUUUUGUCAUUAAGCAUUUCCAAAAACCAACGAAUUUUUUUCCAAACUUAUAUUUUACUCAUGUAUUUAUAAAGCAUUUUAUUUGUUUUUUUUUCUCAUUAGAAACUAAAAAA